AUGGACGAAGAAAACAGACAAAAUAGAGAUGUUUUACGGGAAAUGCUCCCAGUUACAACUCUAGGAGGGAAACAAAGACAGAGAAUGAGAUGGUCGGAUGCAAUAAACAGAUACCUCAUGCUUUGCAAUUACAAGGUCACAAAACUAGAGAGAGCCAGAACUGACUAUAGAACACAAUUACACAAAGAAUUCACACACAGAUACCCGGAAUUAAGUUUCAUAACUGAACAAAGAUUUGCAGAUCAGGUAAGAACAAUAAUUAGAAACAACAGAAUACCUCAACCAGAACUCGACAAUAUCAAACAACAAGUAAAAGAAACAUUAGAACAGCCUGGUACACAAACAACACAGGAGCAAUACGAUAAUACACGCUAUAACAGAGAAACACACUACCAAACCAACAGAGAACCAGAUCCAGAAGAAAAAGUUACAAACAAAUCUUCUAAAAAUAUAAAUAGCAAUUCAAGUAAAGAAACACCUCCUUCAACAAAGGAUAAUGCUAAUUUAUGUAAGGAUCCAGCAUACUUUUCACCAUACAUAGUAUCAAGWCGAGRUAAAAGUAAUGCUAGAAAGGAACAACAAUUACGUCGUGGUAUUGGUUCUCCAGAUGAUAGUAUUCCUACUAAAGAAACAGUUAUGCAAACUCUUAACUUAUCGAUUGAAGAUGAAGAACGUACUGCGCAAUAUUUUGCUUUCYUAUUAAAAAAAGAAACAGACAAACUUAAUGAACUUAUCAAYAAGUGGACAGAUAUUCAAAAAGAGUCACAUAUUACAGAAGAUGCUCAAUAUCUAAUUAAUCAAGCUAUAGGACAAACACGUUUGUUAAUAAAUAAAAAAUUUGAAAGAUUUCAAAGACUAGUAUCUGAUUGCGAGAGUGGUAAAGGAGAAAUGUUAGUUACUUGUAGAGACUUGCAAGGAUUCUGGAACAUGAUGUACAGGGAAAUUCAAAAUUGUGAUUUACGAUUUGAAGCAUUAGAAAAGCUUCGUUYUAGAGGCUGGGAAGAAGAACAAGAAGAAAUUGUUGCCAAAGUUAAACCUAAAGGAAAA